AUGUCUGAUAGCCAUCCCAAAACCAUAAAUGGCCGUCUGAGGCAGCCACAAAAUAACCCAAAACGAACACGAAGCAUCUCUCCGUCUAAGCGGACCACAUCUUCAACGUCAAAGUGGCGAAAAACUGGCAAUGGUGGAUUUUCAAAUCAAACAGAAACAAAGAAUGAACCUUCAAUUUACAACAAAAUCCAACAAAAAGGUCAAGAAAAGGAGAAGGGGGGCUUGAACAUUGAGUUACAUCCUCUUCUUAGCCUGGUGGUUACUGCUGAAAGUUUGCCAAAGAGCCAGAAUCCAUUGCAUGGAAAUAGGAAGCGACAAAACUUUGACCUACAUGCUAUAAAUCCUUACUUGAAUCAGCAAGAUAUUGGUGUACAAAAACACCGUGCACGUCCCCUUGAACUUAACACACCAGGAAAAUUUGUAGAGAUUGCUACAAGGGAGAGAAAUAUGGCCCUAGAGCAAGAAAGAGAGGCACAGAAACAGCAAGAAAAAAAGGCGAAAGGAUUGGCUCCAGAUGAGAGUAUUGCCGAGCACCUAUAUAUGUUGCGGCAGCCACCUUUGGUUGAAUGGUGGGAUCGUCCCUAUCUCAAAGGUAAUUCUUAUCAUGAAGAUCAAAGUCGCCUAUAUUAUGAUAAUCCACAGGCGCCCGUGACAAUUUACAUCGAGCACCCUCCUAUACUUUCAGCGCCCUCUGAUAAUUUGCUUCAAGAAUCAAGGCCGAUGCAUUUGACUAAAGAUGAACAAAAACGGAUUCAUCGCAAUGAACGUCAAGAAAAGCACAAGGAAAAGCAAGACCGUAUAAGAUUGGGUCUUGAUCCUCCUCCUCCACCAAAAGUAAAACUAGCAAAUCUUAUGAAUGUCCUAACAAAUGAGGCGAUCAAGGAUCCAACAGCUGUGGAAAUGCGUGUACGCCAAGAAGUUGAAGAACGAUUCAGGAACCAUAUGAAAGAUAACGAAUCAAGAAAACUUACGCCGGAGCAACGUCAUGAAAAAAUUCACGAAGCACGACUGAAAGAUAUGCAAAAAGGACUUUUCGCUGCGAUAUUUCGAGUCGAUCUGCUACAAAAUCCUCAGCACAGUUUUAAGGUGGACAUGAAUGCAAAGCAAUUGGAACUAGUGGGCAUGUGCCUCCGUAACCCCAAGUUUAACUUGAUCAUUGUGGAAGGAGGAUCCAAAGCAGUGAACUUUUACAAAAAAUUAAUGCUCAGACGUAUAAAAUGGACCGAAUCUGUGCAACCAAAAGACCUGAAUGAAGCCCCACCAGACUUAUCAGGUAAUAAAUGUACAUUAUUGUGGGAGGGACAAAUUACGGAGCUACAGUUCCAGAAAUGGUCUGUGAUGUACAGCAACACCGAUGACGAAGCUCUAGAGGUUUUAAAUCGUUUUAAUGCUGAAAACUACUGGCGUGAAGCUGCCGCUACUGAAGACUAG